GGCAGGGCAGGUGCGGUGAUCCCCGCGCGGCUGCAGGGGGCGCUCCGGCGCGGGCUCGGGGAGCACGCGGCCAUGGCGGCUUUGUCCCAAGGCGGGAAGGGCUGGAAGAAGGCUCCGCUUCACAAACCCUGGGGGCAGCCGGCUCCGGGGCCCCAGCAGGACUCUGGGAAAGCAGCAAGCUGGGCCGGCAGGAUGUCUCAGCAGGCAGGGGGUGAGGGGCUCCCAGCAGGGCAGGGAGAGCCGAGCUCAGGAUCCCGGGCACCCGAGCAGACGGGGAUAGGUCUCUCUUUUAGUGGGGCAGGUGUUAAUAAGGUCCCAGUUUAGGGGCUGUUCUCACGAGCAGAGGCUCACCCCGUGACAGAGGAAGCAGCUCUGGGCCGGGCUCCGUCAGCAGCAGUGGAAACUCCCUUUCCCAAGAGGAGAGGAGGGAACCAUGCUGUUUUCAAAGGCACUUAGGGUCAGACAACAGUGCCCUGAUCUUACUGAGCCAAAAUGAUGUCACAAUCUGGUUAAUAAAAUUGUUAGAGAGAGGCCUCUGCCCCAGUUAAGGUGCUAAUGAUACCAAAUCCCAAGUGGAUUUUAUUGAAUAGGAAAUUUCAGGUAGAGAGAGAGAUGGAAAGAAAGAGCAAAGUGGGGAGAGCAAGGGAGUGACAGAGGGACAGAGACCUCCCCUGGGGCAGGGCAAGUGUGCCAUUGUCCCCUGUGUGCGGGGCCUUCCCAGGGUGGGGGUUUUACACCUCAGCCAGUUUGGGUAAGGGGGGUGGUGUUCACCCCCCACCCCGAGCUGGAAUUGCCUCACUGUUUCAGGUGACAAUGUAAGAUGUAACCAAAAGUGUGUUUUCAGUCACCAUCUUCAUGAACUGUGAUAAACAGGUGGGGCAGUGUUCUUUAUCUCUGCCAGGACUCAGCCCUGAUAACGCCCUCCAGGGGCCAUCUUCUGUUAAUGGGCCAUUGAGUGUCACUGCAGGACUGAUAAAAUUACAUCAUCCCAUUGUGGGAUGCUCCGCCCAGGGGGAGGAACCAAGCAUUCCUACCUGGAUAUAAUCUCACCCUUGCAACACCAGGACCACCUUGCCUAAUGGAUUCCCAGAGGACAAGAGCUCCAUCAGCACCACUGGACCUUCAGAGGAAGACCAGACCCUUCUACAGGAUCCCUGCUUUGACAGAAUCACGUUCAUCACUCCAACAGGACUGCAGCCACCAUUUCAUCAGACUGCUACCACCACCCUGCCCAACGGGGUGUCAGGUUAUAUCCUGACUCUGUCAGAUUAAGCCAGUGUUUCUGGAUCAUUGCCUUGAUCCUAAUUUUCUCAUUAAAUUGUAAUUCUGGCAUAAAUUCUCCCCUUGCUUUGCUCCAAACCAGUACAAAACUCAAUGUGCGCACCAUUUGUUUUCUUUCCAGAACAGAAUUUCCCAUCCCCAAACUUUUGCCACAUGGAGGAGGAGGCUGCAAGGACGAGGAAGGAGCCCUGGGACACCCAGGCAGAGGAGGAGAUGAGGAUGGAGACCAGGGAGGACAAAUCCCCACAGCAGAACCUCAUGGCAGAGGCCAUUUUGAGCCGCUCCACAGUGCAGAAAUCCAACGGGGAGGAAAAUCCCCAGAGAUCCCACAGUAGGAGGGGCUGCAAACCCAGCCCAGGGUGCUCUGAGGAGGAAAGACCCACCCUGGGCCAGGAAGGUGGACAGAGCUCCAGCCAGAGCUCAGAGCUGGUGGUCCAUGAGCAGCUCUAUGAUGGGGAGAAGCCCCACAAGUGCUUGGAGUGUGGGAAGAGCUUCAGGCGGAGCAACACCCUGAUCUGCCACCAGAUGAUCCACACCGGGGAAUGGCCCUACAAGUGUGGGGAGUGUGGGAAGGGCUUCAGCUGCAGCUCUGCACUUGUCAUCCACCAACGCAUCCACACUGGGGAGAGACCCUUUGAGUGUGGGGAAUGUGGGAAGAGCUUCAGCCGAAGGUCCCACUUGAUCAGCCACCAGAUCAUCCACACUGGGGAAAGGCCAUACAUGUGUGAGCAAUGUGGGAAGGGCUUCAGCCAGAGGUCCAAACUGAUCAUCCACCAAAUGGUCCACACUGGAGAGAGGCCCUACGAGUGUGCCCAGUGUCUGAAGAGGUUUCACACCAGCUCCACUCUCCUCCUGCACCAGCAGAUUCACACAGAUGAGAGGCCCUUCCUCUGCCCUGACUGCGGGAAGGGCUUCAAGCACAACUCCACCCUCGUCAAGGACCGGCGCAUCCACACCGGGGAGAGGCCCUACGAGUGUGGGGAAUGUGGGAUGAGCUUCAGCCAGAGCUCAAGCCUGAUCUGCCACCAGAGGACCCACACUGGGGAGAGGCCCUACGAGUGUCCCCAGUGUCUGAAGAGGUUUCAGACCACCUCGCAUCUCCUCCUGCACCAGCGGAUUCACACCGAGGAGAGGCCCUUCCUCUGCCCUGACUGCGGGAAGGGCUUCAAGCGCAACUCCCACCUCAUCAGGCACCGGCGCGUCCACACCGGGGAGAGGCCCUACGAGUGUGGGGAAUGUGGGAUGAGCUUCAGCCAGAGCUCAAGCCUGAUCUGCCAUCAGAGGACCCACACCGGGGAGAGGUCCUACGAGUGUCCCCAGUGUGGGAAGAGCUUCUCCAGCAGCUCUGCCUUGACCCGACACCAGCAGACCCACCGGUAAGGGAAGCCCUGCAAGUGCCCCAAUGGCAGGAAGAGCUUUGUGCACUGCUCCAACUCCAUCCCCCAUGGGAGGACCCACGUUGGUCAGAGCCCUGGUGACCCACAUUCCCUGUGAUCCAU